AUGGCUGACACUCGAAAACAUAGCAGGCGUGGUUUAAAAUUUCGUGCAAAUCUCAUACUGGCGGUCUCGAUCUGGGCUAUGUUCGUACUAUCAACAGCCGACUGGAGUCUCGCAUUGGCUAAUACGCUGGCCGUUCUGAAGGAUCAACAAAAGCCACGGCUCGUAAUGUGGGCCAACAUAGUAAACGCGGUCAUACGACUCAAUACCGUAAUUGCAGACGCAGUACUUGUUUGGCGAGUGCGAGUAAUCAGCAGGCACGAAUACCCGAAACUUCUCGCCGUCGCGAUAGCGUCCUUCUGCCUAACCGCAGCAUCGGCUUGCGCCACCAUUUGCUUGAGAGCUACGCUUAGCAUUAUGUUUGGCACAGACGAUGCACGCGCAAAUUCAACCCGAAUAAACAGUGCACUGGUGGUUAUCCAGAUUUUAACAUUCGCCAUCUCUUUCAUCACGAAUGUCAUCACCACGUCAAUUAUCGGCCUCUAUGUUUGGUAUGUGUCUCCCCUCAGGCUGUUCGAUCUGAACUCAUUUCUUCAGGAGCUAUACUCAAUGGAACGAUCAGCAAAUCGUCAUUAUCUGCACCUUCGGAUCACGAAGAGCGGGCGAGCCGCAGGAGUCGAAUACCGGUUCGAGUACAUCCGUCAAAUACAGAUUCAGCAGAAAGAGAGCUCGAGAGCUCAGCCAUGUCUGUCACGGCAGAACAUCGCCGAGCAGGUUUUCCACGGAAUUCGUCGGACGGAGGGGUUGGAUCGGGCACGAUGCUGUCUACUGUCGUAUGGCUGGACUCGUAGGACAUUGCUUCAGGCUGUUAUACCGCAGUAUCUCUUCUGGAAGGCAUUUAGCGAUUUUCAAGGAUGA